AUGGCCUGCCAGCUCCCUCUUCCCAGUAUGUCCAGCUGUGGCAAACCUCCCCCACUCUCCGGAGAAGGGGCAGGCUCUAACUCUCUGGCAUGGGUCAAACUCUUCAAAAAGCCUGGAGGUGUUGGUGGUGGUGGGGGUCUGGGGAAGUCCUAUCAGCCUGGGAGCAUGUUGUCUCUGGCUCUCACCAAAGGCCUGCUGAACGAACCAGGCCAGAAUAGCUGCUUCCUCAACAGUGCCGUACAGGUGCUAUGGCAGUUGGACAUUUUCAGGAGGAGUUUGAGACAGCUUCCUGGUCAUUUUUGUCUAGGGGAUGCCUGCAUUUUCUGCGCUUUAAAGAGUAUUUUCAGCCAGUUCCAGGAGAGCCGAGAGCGAGCGUUGCCUUCAGAUAGCCUGCGCCACGCCCUUGCUGAAACCUUUAAGGACGAGCAACGCUUCCAACUAGGCCACAUGGACGACGCUGCAGAGUGCUUUGAGAACAUUCUGGAGAGAAUUCACCUGCACAUAGUUUCUGACACAGCGACUGAGGCCUGCACAUCCAAGUCCUGCAUUACCCACCAGAAGUUUGCCAUGACACUUUAUGAACAGUUUGUAUGUCGUAGUUGUGGCGCCUCCUCGGACCCCCUUCCUUUCACAGAGCUAGUGCAUUAUGUCUCCACCACAGCCCUAUGCCAACAGGUGGGCCACGUCCUGGGGAAGAACGACAGGCUUCGGUCGGACAUGUUCGGGGAAUUGCUGCAGGCGGCAAACACCAUCGGUGACCUACGGAACUGUCCGAGCAACUGUGGCCAGAGCAUCAAGAUCCGUCGGGUUCUCCUGAACUGCCCAGAGAUCGUCACCAUUGGCUUUGUGUGGGACGCAGAGCAGUCUGACCUUACAGAGGAUGUGGUUAGGUCACUGGGUCCACAUCUCAACCUCUCGGGGCUGUUCAACCGGGUCACUGAUGAGAACGCCAAAAGGAGUGAGUUACGUCUCGUGGGAAUGAUUUGUUUCUCCAGCAAACAUUACUCUGCGUUCGCUUAUCACACCAAGUCCUCAAAAUGGGUCUUCUUUGAUGACGCCACCGUGAAAGAGAUCGGAUCCAAGUGGAAAGACGUGGCCUCUAAAUGCAUCCGGGGACAUUUCCAGCCACUGCUCCUGUUCUACACUAACCUGGAGGGGACCCCAGUUUCCAGCGAGGACGCGCCCAGACAAACAACCAUGUGUCCCCGCUUUAAAUCCAACGUCAACGGGGAAGUGCCAGCAGGGAUGAAGAAGCUGGAUGCCGUCCGGGAGAAAGCAGGCCCACUCCGCUCCAAACAGGGGCCCUAUAAGCAGAUGCUACCUCCACCCUCCACCUCAGGCUACAAAAGAGUGAAAGGCCCACCUGCUAGUCCCAACACAUUCCGGGAUCCUUCCAAGGAGACUUCCCAGAGGGUUGUAGAAGGGAUAAAGAAAGAGGCCGAAAGAGGGCAUCGAAAACUAGACCCACACAAAGAUAUGGCCUAUGCCAGAUCCCCUUCUGAGGGCGGGCUGAGGCAGCACGCCGACCAGAGGUUGCGAGGCGGGAGUGGCGCCCGGGCUGACAAGUUGUCAUCCUCCCACCAGAACAGAGCUUCCCAGGACCCACGCUCUCAAUCCGGUGCCCCUGGCGGACACAGUUGGAGACAGGAAACCUCCCCUGGUCGCCAAGAACAGGACUGCAGCCAGGAUGCGUGGGAGAAGGGUGGCGGGUCGGGAGCGGGCCGCAACAAAGCCAAGCCCUCCUGGAGGCCCAUCCGGGAAGUUCUGAACGUGGACAGCGUCUUGAAUGACCUUGAACGACGGCAACAACAGCAGCAGCACGGCGGCAGUGGUAGCCCCCGGCUCUCUAAACCCUCCUGUCAGGAGAGGCCUCACGAGCGCAAGCAGCAAAAGUGCUUGAUGACGAUUUACGAGGACGAGCAGCGGCAGGAGACAGAGAGCCACAGCUCCCUCGAAUCGGAGGGCAGCGGCGGGGGGAGGGCCAAGGGUGGGCCCAAAGCCCUGUUGCGCAGCGACACCUGGACCAUCCAGAGGACUGAGUCUGGAUACGAGAGCAGCGACCGGCUGAGCAGCGGCUCCACCAACCCUGACUCGCCCGGGGUAGACAGCUUUGUCGGGAAGGAGCAGCGGUUGACACCAGAGGUGCAGUCUCAGAGACGAAAAUGUAGAUACAGCUCCGGCAGUUCUAAGAAAGGAGCUGGUCCAGAGAGGGACGCUAGCUCCUCAGACAACAGGAGCAGUCACAUGAUGGGAUCGCCAGAGAUGAGUAACAACAACAGAGGUGGUCACCAUGGCGACAGCCCCGCCGUGCGGCGCUUGGGUAAAACCAGCAGCUCGGAGUGGAACAGCUCUGACGACCUAGCUGGAAAUCUCUCGGAACCAGAGGACAGUGCCUACCGCUCCAGCAACAUCAAGCCCCUUCUGUCCGAGUCUCCCUGCCCCUGUCCCCCCCACCACCUGGCCUUCCACCAACCCCCCCAUAUCGAACUAGAAGAGCCCUCAUCUCAACAUCAGCCCUCCAUGCCGCCACUGCCUCACCCUAAAGCCGCCCAGCGAGCCUCCCCUCACCAGGGGGAUGUUGGCCGCCAUUGCUUCCGUCCCAGGCUACUCCAAGAGCCCUCCCAGACCAGCCCCCGGCCCAGCGUCCGGCCCACCCCGGCCUCACAUACCCCCAGCCCCAACCAGAGGUCGGAAUUCAAUGGCCCUCUGCAGAGGCCCUCGUCGGGUGCCAGCUCCAAGUCGGGCUCGGACCCAGAAAGGAGCAACCCGUCGUCGGGCGAAAGCGAGGAGAGGCUCCCCAUCUGCAGGCCACCUGGACCCGAGUCAGCGGUAGCCCAAGGGGUUUCCCUCACCACGUACUUCAGCGUGGACAAUUGCAUGACAGACACGUACAGACUUAAGUACCAUCACCAGCGACCCCUCCUACUCUCAGCUAUCGUGCCCAAAGCACCAACGGAGCCCCGAGAACACCCCAGCCACCACCUGCACCCCGCAAACACACACUCCAUGCUAGACCCACCCAAAACCCGGCCUGAUGCAGUUUUCCCCUCCCUGCUCAAAUCACUCCCAGACAGUCCUAGCAAGAUCCUUGCUUGA